UCUUUCUUUCACUGCAUAUAAUCAUCUCUCUUUGCCCCUCUCACAAUCCCUCCAUCUCUUUCUCUCUCAGCUGAGCAGCGAGUCUGAGUAUUCAUUUCUUUACUGCAAUGGCUGCUCAGGAGAACUGUGUGAGCCUCACCCGCGCUGCGAAGAGAAGGGCGGCAUUGCGUAAUGCUGAAGACCAGCCGCCUACUGAGAAACGAGUGGCGUUGCGGGAGCUACCGAACUUGCCAAAAGUCGUCGUUUCGAAGAAUCCGAGUUUGAAAAGCGAGCUGCAGAAGCCCAAAGGUAAAGCUAAGACGAAAGUUGAGAAGCCCCUACUGCCUACAUCCGCCAAGAACGACGAUGUCGAAGGAAAGGUUGAUGUUGAUGCCAAGUCAGAUGAUCCGCAGAUGUGUGGGCCAAAUGUAUCGGACAUUUACAAGUAUCUCCAUAACAUGGAGGUGGAUCCAAAGAGAAGACCUUUACCUGAUUAUAUGGAGAAGGUUCAGAAGGAUAUCGAUGCAAAUAUGCGGGGAAUAUUGGUGAAUUGGUUGGUUGAAGUUGCUGAGGAAUACAAGCUUGUACCAGAUACUUUGUAUCUCACAAUCUCAUAUAUUGAUAGAUUUCUUUCCUUGAAUGUUCUUAAUAAGCAAAGGCUUCAACUGCUCGGUGUUUCUUCUAUGCUUAUAGCCUCAAAGUAUGAGCAAAUCAGCCCUCGUAACGUGGCAGAUUUUUGCUCCAUUAGAGAUAUUACGUACACUAAAGAUGAGGUGGUUAAGAUGGAAGCUGAUGUACUCAAGGCUCUGAAAUUUGAACUUGGCAAUCCCACAAUAAAAACAUUUUUAAGGAGGUUCACCAGGGUUGCACAAGAAGAUUAUAAAGCUUCCAAUUUGCAGCUAGAGUUCGUUAUAUACUACCUUGCUGAGUUGAGUUUAUUAGAUUAUGCUUGUGUGAAGUUUUUACCUUCUUUGGUAGCUGCAUCUGUUGUCUUUCUUGCACUAUUCAUAAUUCGUCCAAAAAGGCACCCCUGGAGUUCUACUUUGCAACAAUCUACCGGCUACAAACCACCUGAUAUAAAAGAGUGUGUUCUUCUCAUACAUGACUUGUAUUUGAGUAGAAGGGGGGGUAGUUUACAAGCUGUAAGAGAAAAAUACAAGCAGCAUAAGUUCAAAUGUGUUACAACCAUGCCCUCUUCUCCAGAGAUACCUGUUUCUUACUUUGAAGAUACUUAAGGUUGAAGUUGAAUUGCGGAUAUGGUUUUAUACUUACCAUUGGAAGAGGCUUGGCAUGGUUGAAGAGGAUUGAAAUUGAGCUGCAUAUAAGUACUCUAACUCCCAGAAGAUUCACUAUCCCAAGAGAUGAUUUGAAUGACAAAAGAAAAAAAUUUGUAUAUAAAAGAAUAUUAAUUCAAAUAUUCUUUAACGAUAUAGUUUAGUAGCUAUAAGAUUAGUUAUUAGAUUUAAAAUUUAUCUUAUUUAAUAUUAUUGGUUUGA